GUUGCCGUGCGCCGGCGCAACAGUCUGAAUCUGAAGAAGGGUCUCCGCAGAAGAGCAGGAGGAAAGAGCCGGAGCAAUCAACCACCACCACCAGCAGCGCACCACACGCACACACGACAUCGGCAUCGGCAUCGACAUGACCUCGACCUGCCUGCCAGCCAUCCGUGCUCCCUGGUUCCCACUCCCCUCGGGAAGAGAGAGCCGUGCCCCAUGCGUGCCGUCCUCACUUAAGCCGAAGAGCCAAUCUCGUCGAGGCAGUGCCAUUGUUGCACUUGGUGUGGCCUCUUCCCUUUUGGCGCACAGUCACACAGACCCCAUUUCCUCUUUGGCGCGACAUUGCGUUACACUUACGGGCACGGAGCACCAUCAGCAGCAGCAGCAGCAGCAGCAGCAGCAGCAGCAGCAGCAACCACCGCAGCAACCACCACCACGGAACGGCACCACCCAGGCAAGCGGCAAGCAGCCGGUGCUGCGAUGGGUCGAUCGGGGUCGGUGCAUGUGCAUGUGCAUCGUGAGAAAGUGUACUGGAGACAUUCCCACAAGUAUUGGGAUUGUGCCGCACUUCUGCUGCCGGUUGCCCGCUUCCUCGGCCUCGGUCAGCUGUGACACUUGUUUGGCGCAUUUUGCGAGAUUGGGUACUCGGAUAUUCGGCCAUUGACGAAAUCCACCUGCCCGAGGUUUUCUUCGUGGGGGAGGUUUCUGAGAUCAUCAGCGUGGCAAUGUUUUGAUAUGGGUUUUGGGACGACUUAAGGAAGACAGCCAUAUGCAAAAACAGGGAUUUCAAUUGCGCCAAUUUCCAUGAGGGGAAGAUUUUAAAAGAGGGAUCAACUGUUGACAAUGAUGAAUCAUCCUGCUUAUGGAAGUAGAUGAGGCGGCUCAAGGAUCAUAAAAAAGAAGAAAAAAUCGCUCGCAAUUGUAAACUUGCCCAAUAAAAGAAACGUUGUGAUAUAUAAUAAACAUUUUAAUUGAAAGUAUAU